AUGGUACAAUCAAUCUGCAAGACUACGAAGCAAUGGAGCCUCGCCCACCAGAAUGGCUUCGACGCGCUCAAAUUCACUGAGGAGCCGGUGCGUGAGCUCGAGGAUCACCAGGUUUUGGUAAAACUCCAAGGAGCUGCGUUAAACGCCCGCGACCUCAUCAUUAUACACGGCGUCUAUCCCAUCCCCAUUCAACCCAACGUAGUCCCCGGCUCCGAUGGCGCCGGCACCGUCCUUGCCGUUGGCAAAAACGUUACCCGCUUCAAGCCAGGCGACAAGGUCACGACCACCAUCAACCAACAGCACAUCGCCGGGCCGAUGACAAUACAAGCAUCACGAUCCGGCCUUGGCUGCAUCUACCACGGCACCUUACGCACCGUGGGCGCGUUCGACGAGCGCGGGCUGGUUCCCAUGCCCGCGGGCCUAAGCUUCACCGAAGCCGCAACACUCGGCUGCGCCGGGCUGACGGCAUGGAAUGCCCUGUUCGGAUUGCCUGGAAAGCAGAUCCUGCCGGGCCAGUGGGUGCUGACGCAGGGCACUGGCGGGUUCGCGAAGGCCGUGGGUGCCACGGUGAUUGCGACGACGGGGUCGGCGGAGAAGGCGCGCUUACUGGAGAAAUUGGGUGUGGAUCACAUUAUCAACUACCAGGAGACGCCCGGCUGGGGCGCUGCGGCGAAGGCGCUGACGCCUGGUGGACUGGGGGUUGAUAUUGUUAUCGACGUUGUGGGCGCGGCGACGUUGAAGCAGAGCGUCGCGAGCGUGAAGCUUGAUGGGAUCAUUAAUCUGAUUGGGUUUAUGGCCCCGCAGAAGCACGAGGAAGUAGAGCCGAUGCCUGGAUUGAUUGAUGCUUUAAUGGGUGGGUUUACGGCGCGGGGAGUGUGGACUGGCAGUCUGCUGCAGAUGGAGGAGAUGUGCAGGGCGAUCGAGGCCAAUGUCGAUAAGCUACGUCCUGUGUUGGAUUCUAAGGUCUUUACUCUUGAGCAGACUCGGGAGGCAUAUGAGUAUCUGGCGUCUCGGAGGCACUUUGGGAAGGUGGUCAUUAAUAUCUCCUAG